AACAAAUUAUUUUUGCAGUAAAAAAUUGAUUGUAAUUUAAGUCAUGUGACUUCACCGUAAUUUUUCCGAAAUCUUUUUUAGUCCAAAGCAAUUUGAAAGACUGUCAAAAGGUUAAAUCAAAUCUGUUAAAGUUAGUCAAUUACGAGACCAAAAAGACCAAUAUGUUGCCUAACCUGCUUACUUGCAGGACUGGUACUAGUCUAUUAAGAUGGCAGUUGGGUCAUAUAGGAAAUAAUUCAUUGGCAUCGAUAGUGAGGCCGACGAGGUUCUUGAGUCAUCAAGUACCUCGCAUAUAUAGUAUUAGAUCAAUUGGUCAACCUAUAAUACAGUCUACUCAACUAAGAAGUUUCAGUCAUACCAUUGUGAGACUCAAUACUACUCCUGAUCAUCAUACCUCUAAGAAAGAUGAAGUCUUAUCCUUAAAAGUUUCUGAUUCACUUAAAUCUCACUUGGAGAUAACAAAAUUGAAAAAGAAAGAGAUCAUUAAAGAAGAAAAAGUUCAUCAAGCCAUAAAUAAGAAGUCCUUUAAGGAUAAUAUGAAGACUAUAGGCCGUAUAAUACGGUUGGGUAAACCUGACUUGAGGCUCUUUUUAUAUGCUCUUGGGUUUAUUUUAUUUGCAGUGCUAUAUCCUACCACCGCUGUAAAAUUGGUUGGGGCAUCGAUUGAUGCUUACAAUUCAGGUUUGAAAGAUGAAGAUGGUGAUUUAAUAAUUUGGGGCUAUAAAUAUUCAACCCUUUUUGCAUGUAUGGUGCCGUUUAUGUUUGUCAGUGCUGCUUGUUUUUGGGCCAGAAUUUGGGUCUUAAAAUUAUUAGGAGAAAGAUUAGUAGCAAGAUUAAGAUUCAGAGUUAUGAAACAUUUACUUAGACAUGAUUCUGCCUUUUAUGAUAAUGAAAAACAUAAAGUGGGUGAUUUAAUCUCAAGAUUAUCAAGUGACGCUUAUGUUGUAUCCAAAUCUAUUACUAGUAACUUACCAGAUGGUUUAAAAAAUUUAUUGUUUGGAUUCAUUAGUGCUUAUAUGAUGUAUGCUAUCAAUCCAUUAUUAUUCUGUGUUAUGUUGAUGAUUUCACCUCCUAUUACAUUCGGAUCUGUUUGGUAUGGAGAAAAGAUUCGUGAAUUAUCUACUAAGUUACAAAAUGCAUCUGCAGGAUUAACUAAAGUAAGUGAAGAAACUUUAAAUGCUGUUAAAGUAGUUAAAGCAUUUACUGGUGAACAACGAGAAUUAUCAAAAUAUUCUGAACAAUUAAGAAGAGUGGUUAGAGUGGCUAAACAAGAAGCAUUAGCUCAAUCCAAUUAUCUGGUUUCCAUCUAUGGUUUGUAUCAUACUGGUUAUUUGUCAUGUAUUGCCUUAGGUGUUUACCUUAUAUUAAAUGGUCAAAUGACCACUGGUGAUGUGGUUGCAUUUACCAUGUACCUGGAGUUAUUCAAUCUGUCAUUAUAUAGUCUUACAACUACUUAUAUGGAAUUGAUGAAAGGUGCAGGAGCUGGAGUUAAAUUAUUCAACUUGAUAGAUUAUGAUAAUGAAAUCCCAGCCAUUAAAGGAGAAAAAGCUCCAAAGAACAUAAAUAAUAGUGUUGAAUUUAAAGAUGUUGUAUUCAGUUAUCCUACCAGACCAAACGGUAAGAUUUUCAAAGGUUGUACUUUCAGUGUUGAAUCAUCAUCAAGUACUUGUAUAGUAGCUCCUUCUGGAUGUGGUAAAUCCACAAUUGCAUCACUUUUAUUAAGAUCUUAUAAUAUUCAAGAGGGUGAGAUAUUAAUCGGAGGUAAGAAUAUCAAUGAUAUUCAAGUAAGAGAAUUAAGAAGAAAAAUCGUUGGUAUAGUUCAACAAGAACCAGUUUUACUUUCAGGUAGUAUUCUUGAAAAUAUAGUUUAUGGUUUAACACCAGAAGAGAUUAGUAAAAUGUCCAUGGAUGAUGUUUUAGAAGUUUCUAAGCAAGCCAAUUGUCAUGACUUUAUUGUUAAUUUUCCUGAUGGAUAUGAUACCCUUAUUGGUUCCAGAGGUGCAUCAUUAUCUGGAGGUCAAAAGCAAAGAAUCGCCAUUGCUAGAGCUUUAAUUAAGAAGCCAAAAGUGUUAAUAUUAGAUGAAGCAACAUCAGCUCUUGAUUCUAAGCUGGAAAGUUUGAUUAAUGAAACCUUAAAAGAAUUGACAUCACAAGGUAAGAUGACAAUAAUAUCAAUUGCUCAUAGAUUAUCUACUAUUUCUAAAUCAGAGAAUGUAGUGGUAUUAGGUAAGAAUGGUAAAGUUGUGGAACAAGGAAAAUUCAUUUCACUUUUUAGUGAUCCAAAUUCUGAAUUAUCUAAAUUAUUAGAUGAAUCAAGUUCAACACACGAAGAGGAAGAUGAAAAAUUAUCGGAUACAGAGAUUGAUGAACAAGAGCAUAUAGAUCAUGAAGCUGAAGUGAUUGAGUUAAAUCAAAAAUUGAGUAAAUUGGAUGCAGUUAAAUCAAUGAUUGAUGACUUACCUUAUGAUAUUAAGAAAAAACUUCUUGAAGAAGUAUCGGUUCAAAAACAACCUGGUUCAAAGGAUGAGGAGGACAUAGCUUAUACUGGACCCAAGCUCUCUUCUGAUGAAUUGAAAUCUAGAAAUACAAUGCAAUAGUAAUAUAGACAUGUAAAUAGUACACUAAUCACUCUUUUGA